ACAGAGGGCCCAGAUGACCAGCAGACCCUCGGGAGAGGCCAGAGCUGCCAGCAUCUGCACACAUGGCGACAGCAGAUCCAUGGACAGUCUUACAGAGGGGUCCCAAAAUCAGGUCCCCCUCCCUGCAGAUGCCCCAGUGGCUAACGGUGCUGUAGCGUCAUCCGUCGAGUCGGUGACCCCCAAACCCACAUCAGCAUCUGGGGACAAGGACAGGCCUGAAGCUGCUGAAAGACACAGCCAGGAGCCCACGGAGGCCUCAAAUGCUCAGCAGACGUCCACGAGCCCCCAGGACGCAGCACGCGACGGACAGGUGCAAGAUUCCGGCGUGACUCAGGGUCCCCUUCAGACCUCCCUGCGUGACUCCCUGGCGGAAGAGACACCACAAAUGGCAGGUAUCCCGGGCGGAGAACGAGAGUCAGCUCCGACUACCCCAAGGGCUAAGGUACAGUUCCGCAGUAGCGUGGAUGCUCAGCCCAUCGUGAGCGCUGCAGACGCGGAUGGUGAGCUUGGCAGUCAGGCCACCAGCACCACCGAAGCUGUUGAGGAGGGACCGGAGGGUCCGGAGGCCUUGAACGCGGACACUGAAGCUUUGCCGGGAGCCGGGUGCCGGCGAGUGACUGCGGGGGAUUUGGAGGACCGCUCGGGGGACCUGCAGGCUCAGCAGUUGCCUCCUUCCCCAGGAGGCAGCACCCUGCCCUCACCUGGCCCCCAAGAGAUGGCCCUGGGGAGGAGGUCCCUAGACUCCAGGCUUUACGAGGCCAACGAGGAGAACACCUACAUGCGCUCCAUGACCAGCUUGCUGGGCGGAGGUGAGGGGUCCAUCAGCUCCCUGGCAGACAUCUUAGUGUGGUCUGAGACCACCAUGGGCAUGGCCACGGCACUCCUGGCCUCCGGCCACAGCUCCGUGACCGACCUGCUGCACAGCACCGGGCCCAGCCUACGCUCCGUCUCCAGCAUCCUGGGGAGCACCUUCUCCUCUGGGCUGAUGGCCGGGACUAGCUCGGCCCUGCGCUUCGUCACCCACAUGCUGGAGAGGGUAGAGCAGAGGACUGUAGAGGGUGUCCGCUCGGCCAUGCGCUACCUGACCAGCCACCUUCUUCCCGGCCAGGCCCACGCCGGCCCAAACUCUGAGUAGACCCCAUGGAGGGAGCCCCGAAGGACUGGCUCAGCAGCCUCUGAGAGCCCUGGCACCCUCACGCCAGCUCCCUUGCCCACCCCUGCCCUAGCUCGCUCUCCCCAGAUCGGGCAAUAAAGCACUGGCAAGUGUUUAUUUUCUAAGCUCA